AUGGUUGCAAGCCCAGGCGUUCAGGAUGUCGCAGAGUUGCGACAGUUGCGACAACUUGAUCCUCGACAGACUCUACAAAUCUUGCGCAGCCUUGCGAAAAAAGGACUGGACGAGCACACGAUGGCUUUUCUCGAUUCUCUCCGAGCCCAGGGGUGCGAGCUAAAUGCGUUUCACUAUGGUGUCUCCAUAAGUGCGUGUUCAAAGAAUCGUCUUUGGCAGAAUGCCCUUGGCUUCCUCAUCGGCAUGACGAGCUCGCUAGUGGAGAGGAAUAUGGUGCACUUCAAUGCCUGCAUGGACGUUUGCGCCAAAUCAGCUCAGUGGCAAGUGGCAGUUGCCCUUCUCGGCCAAGUUGAAUCGUGCGAGGUGGAGCUGAGCACUGUGCUCUUCAAUUCCUGCAUCAGUGCUUGUGACAAGGGCGGCCAGUGGCAAAGUGCGCUGCAGGUCUUGGAAACCAUGCAGGGCUGUCUUGUGGACUGCGACCUUAUUACCUGCAAUGCGUGCUUGAGUGCUUUGAGCAAGGCUUCUGAGUGGCAGCUGGCUAUCACCUUCCUCUGUGCAAUGCCUGAGGAUACGGCUCCAGACACAAUAAGCUACAAUGCGUGCAUCAAUGCUUGUGAAACUGGUGGCUUGUGGCAAGCCGCGCUUCAUCUUUUCGAUAGCAUGAGCUCACGCAGAAUCCCAACCGGGACCCGCACUGUAAAUGGCUGCAUCGCAGCCUGCGGGGUAUGUAUGGAGUGGCAGAUGGCCUUUGCACUCAUGGAGGAAAUGCUUGUCACGAGGCUGGAAUAUUCGGCUGUAACCUACAUGGCUGCUACUAGAGCUUGUGGCCGUCGUUGGGAGCAUGCACUGAGCCUUCUUUCGGACAUGACUGAUCGCAGUUUGGCAGACUCUCUCGCAUACAAUUCGUGCAUUUCGCACCUAAACGGAAACUGGAAGAUUGCGCAGUCACUGCUUGAGGGCAUGGAUGGUCUGCAGCUUCAAGCAAGCGAAGCGACCUUCACCAGCCUGAUCCAUGUCUACGGUGAGGGCCUUCAGUGGCUGCAAGUAUGUGGAAUCUUGGAGGAGAUGUGCGGCCGGUUUAAGGUCAGGCCGGGCAUUGCGUGCACGAGUGCAGCAAUCAGCGCCUGUGAGCGGAGCAGUGCCUGGCAAGCGGCACUGGACGUGUUGCAGCAGCUUUCCACUCGUUCCGGCGUGGCUCCUGGAAGCGGAGAGGCGCAGACGGCAGCCAACCAUGCGCUAUGCAUCCGUGCUUGCUCCAAAGGGCGAAACUGGCUGGUUGCCUUCGGGCUGCUGCAACAAGCUCUGCAGACACAACUACGGAUCAGUCAGGCGACGCUAGACGCCUGCAUCAAAGCCGGUGAGAAGGACGCUCAAUGGCAGCUUUCACUGAAAGUGCUGAGCUCCCUAGCGGAUGCAGGGCUGUGCGACGCAUCCGCCUAUUUCGUGACCAUUGGUUACUGCGGACGGGUCAACUGGCAGAUGGCUGUACAUCUCCUCCAAUGUGCGAGCACAUCAGAGUUGCAGCUGGAUGCUUUUGUCUGCAGUGCUGUCAUCACUGCGUGCGAGCGGCAGACACAGUGGGACCAGGCUCUGCAAGCCUUCGUGGACAUGGGCAAGUGGCAUCUCGAGCUCAACGAAAUGUGUUGCACGGCCACGAUGAGUGCAUGCGAAAAGUCAAGUCGCUGGGAAUCGGCGCUGCACCUUUAUCGUUUGCUCGAAGCCUCUGUUGGCCAACCUGGUGCUGUUGCUCGGUGCUUGCUCAUUGAUGCGUUCUCUGCGGCCAGCAUUUGGGAGCAGUCGCUGUCCGUCUUCUCGUCGAUGAUGUCGUUGAGGUAUGAGGCCGAUGCAGUUGGCUGCAGUGCUGUGAUGGGAGCAUGCGAGCGCCGGGGGCAAUGGAGACAGGUGUUGGCUCUGUGGCCGCAUCUACAGCAGUUGCAGUGGCGUGGUCACAUUGACAGCACUGACACGGAGCCUUUUGAAUUGCACUCUGUCGGUCCGGCGGAAGUAACUGCUUGCCUAGAGCGCGCCCUGGAACACCAGUGGCUCCUUGGGUAUCCUCUUCUACCUCCAGGAGAGGACCAACUCACUCACGGACUGUACAAGUACAUGGCCGGAAUGCAAGCGAUGGCGGCUCGAGAGUUGCUCAGUCUUGUGGUGGAGCAUGCUUCUGUCCUGGAUCCGUUUUGUGGCUCUGGGACAGUCCUUAUCGAAGCCUGCACUUCGGGAAGACCGGCAAUCGGCUGCGACCUGUCGCCGCUGGCAAGUUUCGUAGCUUCGCAGCAUGUGGAUGCGGAGGACAUGGAUUUGGCGGCUUUUGAUGCCGCGGUGAUGCAGGUGGUUCGUGGUAUCAGCCUGAGCGCGGAUCCGUGGAAGCAGCUCCAGACAAACAUCAUCGCAUUGGACGAUUCUGCCGUUCGAAGAGGUUUGCAGUUCACAUACUUGGUCGCUUCCCAAGCAUCUGCCGACGACAAGUAUUUGCGGUCCUCGGACAAGUUUCAGCAAGUUCAGCUGAAGGAGGCGGCACCGCGGUUUCGGGGCACAGCCCGACUGGUUAUGGCACGGUUGCGUUCGUUGCGGGCGUGCAGUGGCAGACGGGCGGAAGUGAUCCAAGGGGACUUCAGAGACCUGCGUUUGGCAAAGCCGGUGCAUGCGAUCAUUACCAGUCCUCCAUAUCCUGGUGUCUACGACUACCUGACGACAGCAGAGUCAGUAUCGCCCAUCUUGGGAUCCAGGUGCAGGCUCACCUCAGAGGAGAAACGGCUAGAAAUUGGACGACGAACCCUGUGGCAGAAGCGCAGCUUUGAGGAGUUUGCAGCAUCAUGGCGGCGCGAGCAAGAGCAGUGGCUCCAAGCUGCUUGGAGCCUUUUGCUGCCAGGAGGAACCGCUUCUCUGAUGAUCGGCGAUGGUGACAGAGAUGCAAGCGAGGUGCUUUUGACAACCUUCGUUGCACCGCAGAUGCUGCAGAGAAGGAAUGGUCCGUCCCUUCAGACGGCGUGCCUCCCGGAUCCCGGUGUCUGCUGGAGAUCUCGCAUGAUCAAGUGGGCUUGCCGGAAGGCUGAGGGCGAGUACACGCUUGGUGUGACCGGCUCUGUCGAUCUUUUCGGGCUCGGAGGCCAGGAAUGCCGGAAGAAGUAUCCGAUCAUCAAGGAGUACACGGAUAGAGCCAUCUUGAAGAUCCGGCAUCACAGAGAAGAUGCCUCGAGAAACGGGCAUGGCUCAGGCUCUAGCCUGGGCACGUCCGACUUCCCAUUGGACGAGGUCUUGCGAGCCAUCCUCAUGGCCUGCGAAACUUUUCACAACAAGAUCGUGAUGAUUUCGCUCUCUUGUUUGCAGAGGCUGAUCCAUCGAGAAGCGCUGAAAGAAGAGACAAUUGCUAUUGUGGUAAAUCUCAUGAAGGAGCAGGUGCUGGUCUGCGACAGCUUGCAGAACACUUGGCUGACCAAGCGGCCCAAGCAGCUACUCAGGUACGACUUCUCGCAGAGUGAUCCGGUGCCGGGUGAGCCACGAGAUUGCAACAAGAACUUCACGCCAUUGCUAUCCAUUGCUUGGCAGAACAAACGUAGUUUCAAUUCGUUCCAUGUCUGCAUGGUCUCUGCGAACGUCCAUUUCUUGCGGGGCUGGCAUCAUUGCGCUGCGGGACCCUGCAGAGCGCAACGCUUCGCACCGCGAGGACGGCGCAGAGUUGCACUUUCUCAAAAUCCGACGUCAUCGUGCCCUGUUCUGCCAGAGUGCCUCCCUCUGGGCGUAGAGGGUGAGCUGCGCAUCAGGCUCUGUCUGGCACUGGCCACGCGUGAAGAUGAACGAAUUGCCGCACAGCCGAGGGUGCCUGUGUCUAGAGAGGUUGCCUGCCUACCACGGCGACCGGGAGAGUGGCAGCCCAGGUGGCGAGUGCUUCGUGGACAUGACGCCCUCCCUGGGCAGGAUGUCGGCAGACCUGUGGCGCUGUCCAAGCUGGCAGGUGCCAAGGCCUUUUGUGAGGAUCGAGGCCUCUCCGGCAUCGUUCUCUACGGAGGUUUGCUUUAUUUGAGACCGCCUGGGCCUGGAAGCCAACUCCUUGCUGCUGCGACGGCGCAACCCGGUGCUGACCUCCUCGUUAGGCCUGCGCAAGCAGCGACCGAUGAGCCCGAGGAUGCGUCCACACUACGAAUUGCCGUCCUCGCCACCCAGGACGAGUUCGAUGAAACGAGUCUUUUUGACUUGGGAAUGGUGUCGACAACUGGCAACGGGCGGCGCUACGCUGCGCAGGCGCUUUUGCGCGACAUCAUGUGCACAGAAGGUGUCCUGCUGACAGCGCUAUUAAUCUAUGACUGGAAGAACGACUCCACCGAAAGCUCUGGCAAUUGGGCGCUGCCCCAGGAGGGACCGCAGCGUUGCACGGUAGCCCUACGUGGUGGGAAGCAGGUGACCGCUUGGCGAGGGUCGAUGACCCAGCUCAUGGGUGCAUGUGCUGGGGAUCUGGUCGUGGACGUGGCAGUGUCCAUUCAAGCAAGGCGAAGCUGCCUGGAGAUACUGAGGAGCUUGCACUUUCUUAUCCGUUCAAAGAAGUGCGUGGUCAUGGGCCAUGACUACAAUCUUCCGUUUGGACCGUGGGGUAUGGAAGCGGAGCCGACAUCGUUGUCUGUUCAUCGAGAACUGCUGCAGAAUCCAAACCUCGUGAUGUUCUGCACCUCCCAGCACCUCUGCAAUUUCGUGGAGCGCUUUUCGGAGGGUGGUGUUCAGACGUGCCUGUGCUACUGCGCUGACUAUGGCUACUUCGACAGCAUCCACGGUUUCUUGCCUCCGGCCUUGUGCGACAAAGGGCAGUAUGGAUACGCCGGAGCUGCCGCUGUAUCGGCUGGAUGCCACCAGGGGCUACUGUUUCAUCCCUUCAUCACCGCCAUGGGCAAUGCAGCUGCGAGGGUGCUUGAGAUUCGACUUUCUAUCCCCGACCUGUCGGCUUCACAAACUUCGCAGCUCACUGUAGAGGUUCAUGCCGGCAGCGUCACUUUGCGCCCCGAGUGGGGUCGGUAUUUCAGCUUGGCUCCGGAAUCGGACGUGUACAUAUCUAUCUUCUCCAUUCUGGAAGGCUGCAAAUCGGAACUUGGUCAGAUCAAGCUCCCUGCCAUUUCGGAUCUCGUUCCCGGCAGCCCACCUCACGUGAUGCGAUUUGCUGUUGGGACUGCCUCGCUGGUGGUAGAGGUGCGAGCGCUGGAUUCCGUACAAGCGCGAGCCGAGACCAGACAAUCGACAUUUCAUUUUCAGCUGCCUUCAGCCCGGCGCCAAGCGAUCGCACUGGAGCUGCAAAACGCUGAGUUGCAGAAGCUGGCCAGCAAUGGAAAUCAUACAACCUGUGCUGCGCCCAUGAAGCACCGUUUACUUCUUGAACGCGCGCAGGCAGCAAACUCCCAGCUGCGUGAGCAGAAGCAGCGCCUACUGCAGAAGCUGGAGCGAGUGCAAAGCAUAGUGUCGGAGCAGGCACCGAGCUCACACCGAGCUGACCAGCUGCUUGAAGAUUCCCAGCAAAUCCAGGUAGGUUUGCAGACUGAAUUACACACGGCACUGGCAAGGCAGCGAGCCUUGCGUGAGGCCAGUGAGGCUAGGAUUGAGGCCAUCACCUUGCAGCUGGAGCAGGCGGAAAUGAAGAUGGGGGGUGCCAUGCCAGAGGCAGAGGCUCAGGCUCUGAUUGCCAUCGCAACCGGUCGGUGCGAAGAAUUGCGAAGAUUGUGCAGAGAAUCCGAAGAAAUCAAUGCCACGCUGGUGGCAAGCGCCUCACCGGCGGCACCUCGGGCUUCGUCGGGCUUGGAAACACUAAGUCCCGAAAUCGAUGCUUUGCUAGGGCAACUUGAAGGCCAGCACACCGAGCUGCAGCGAUUGCACCGAGAGCUUGACAUGAUUUCAGAAAGCGACAACUACAAGGGAUGGCAGAAGCACAAAGAGAUGUCUUUCCUGAUGCAAACUUUGUCGGAAGAGCUGGAGCAGCUGCAGCAAACAGGCCGAGACGAUGAAGUUUGUUUCGAGAGCGAGAUCCUGGAGCUGAAGCGAGAAAGAAGCAAAGCGAAGAACCGAUUGGAGGACCUCGUCUCGGAUCUCAAGCGAUUAGAAGCCCGAGCCGAAAUGCUGAGGACGGAGACACCUCAGGUAGCGACAGAGGACAGCGUGUUGCAGCGCGAGUCUUGCAAGAAGGCCGAGGCCAAGUUACGCGAAUUACGGCAGAUUGAAGAGGUACGGCAAAAGCAAAUCCGUGCAUUGGAACGAGACCAGGAGAAGCUCGUUGAGCAGACCACCCUGGCAACAGCAAAGGUGGUGCCAGCUGGUGGAGAAGAUGCCCAGCGAGAAGCCACCAGCAGAAUUGCGGAGUUUGACCAAACUCUAUCUGGACUGGUGGCGACCUUUGAGGAGAAGCAAGAUGCCGCAGCAAAGAUGCGACUGCAGACGGACCAGGUCACCUUCAUCAGUCCUUGCCCAGCAAAGGGCCUUGCAGUGGUACUGCGCUUGGCUUUGAUGUUUGCCAACAUCCAGUUCCUGUGCGUCAGCACGGGGUGGACAAAGACUUUGCACGAGGUCCAGUUGCGAGCACAUCCCAAUAUCGAAGUCGUGGCGGGGACUGACAACAUCGAAGAAAUCUACCGACAGACAGCUCUCCUGCUGAUGCCUUCGCUUUGGCAAGAGUCCUUUGGCCUGGUUGCAGUGGAGGCACAGCUCCGUGGUAUUCCUGUCGUGAGCACCGCAGCCUGCGGCCUAAGGGAGGCAAACUUCCUUGAGGAGCUGCAGGUGCAAAACGUGCCUCUCGUGCACGACUCCAGGACUCGUGAGAUGCUUCGUGGCAUCACCAUGGAAGAUGCAGAGCUCACUCUCAACCCUUUGCGGCCGGGCCAUGACAGCACAAAAGGCAGUCGCUGGUAUGUGCACGUGGCUCAUACGAUCGUGGCCACGGAGGCGGAGGCUGCAGGCUUUGCCAAGCUGGUGCAGAUGCUUGUCAACGACGUGUCAAGACGACAACACCUCGGAAGCAUUGCCAGGGAGCGGGCCAUUCGACAUGUCACAAACCGGAGAUGCCGCUUCGGACAGGCGCUGAAGGAGUUGCUGGAUGACCGCAGUACAGCCUAG